AUGCAGUCUUAUAUAGUCUACUUGGGAGGACAUGAUCAGGAUGUUAAUGAUGCAUCUAAGAUUACAGAAACUCAUUUUGAUAUUCUUGGUUCACUUCUAGGAAGCAAAGAGAAGGUUGAUGAAGCCUUGAUUUAUUCUUAUAAUAAACAAAUUAAUGGUUUUGCUGUAAGUCUUGAUGAGGAGGAGGCUGCUAAAUUGGCAGAACAUCCGGAUGUUGUGUCGGUGAUUCCAGACGGACAAAGGAGGUUACACACGACUCGAUCCUGGAGUUUCUUACAGCUUGAUCAUAAUGGUUUCAUUAACCGGACGUCUUUGUGGUCAAAAGCCAAAUUUGGUGAAGAUAUCAUCAUUGCUAAUCUAGACACUGGUGUCUGGCCCGAAUCUGAAAGCUUCAAUGGUGAUAGUUAUGACCCAAUUCCAACAAGGUGGAAGGGCGGAUGUGAGAACCAAACCAGAGUUCCUUGCAACAAAAAACUUAUUGGUGCCAAGUACUAUAAUAGAGGUUAUCAAGCCUUAUAUGGUAAAUUGGAUCCUUCAAUGAACGAUGCGCGUGACCAUGACGGACAUGGUAGCCACACGUUAUCAACAGCUGGUGGUAACUAUGUUUCUGCAGUGAGCAUCAACGAUAUCAAGCUUGGAAACCCAAAAGGCGGUUCACCAAGAGCCCGAGUGGCAGCUUACAAGGUCUGCUGGCCACAAGUCCCAUUAGGAGGUGAAUGUGCUGAUUCUGAUAUCGUGCAAGGUUUUGAGGCUGCCAUAGAAGAUGGUGUUGAUGUAAUUUCAGUAUCUCUUGGUGGAUCCUCGGUUGAUUACAAGGAUGAUCCAUUAGCCAUUGCCUCAUUCCAUGCUUUCAAGAAAGGUAUCUCUGUUGUGUUUUCUGCAGGGAAUGAAGGGCCGGAUCCCAAAACCGUCACCAAUGUUUCUCCUUGGGUUAUAACUGUUGGAGCUAGUACCAUAGAUCGCGAGUUUCAAUCUUCUGUUAACCUUCUUGGUGGACUCUCCCUAAAGGGAUUGAGCAUGUCCAAAGCUUUGCCGACUCGUGGAUACUAUUCUCUACUUAACGCUGCAGACGCUAAAGCUGAAAAUGCAACCGUUACAAAUGCGACCCUUUGCCAGGAAGGUGCACUUGACCCAAAGAAGGUCAAGGGCAAGAUUUUAGUGUGCUUAAGGGGAGGUAACGCAAGAACUGACAAGAGCGCAGCAGCUGGUAAUGCUGGUGCUGUUGGCAUGAUUCUUUGCAAUGAUAAGACUACUGGGGAAGAUACAGUAGCUGAUCCUCAUACCAUCCCUGCAACACACAUUACGUAUGCUGAUGGGCUUCGUCUCUAUGCCUACCUAAACUCUACCAAUAAUCCAAGAGGUUACCUCACCCAUCCUGUAGCUGCUAUAAACAUAAAACCUGCUCCAUCCAUGGCAUUAUUCUCCUCUAGGGGACCGAAUAAAAUCACACCCGAGAUCCUCAAGCCUGAUAUUACGGCACCUGGAGUGAAUAUCAUCGCAGCAUACACCCAAGAAAAAAAACCAGUACUUCCAUAUAACAUAGAAUCAGGAACCUCCAUGUCGUGCCCACAUGUUUCUGGCGUUGUUGGUCUUCUUAGGAACCUCCACCCUGACUGGAGCCCUUCUGCUAUAAAAUCGGCUAUCAUGACCACUGCAAAAAUAAAAGACAAUGCGGGAGAGCUUAUGACGGAUGAAACAAAAUCAGCUGCAAACCCGUUCAGCCGUGGAGCUGGAGAUAUUAAUCCAAACCAUGCAAUGAAUCCUGGAUUGGUUUAUGAGUUAACUGUAACUGACUAUCUUGAUUUCCUCUGCUCUCAAGGAUACAACAAAUCCAUGAUUCAGAGGUUUUCUGGUCAGCCAGUUUACGAAUGUCCUACAAACGUCAGCAUCUUUGACUUCAAUUAUCCUUCCAUUACUGUCCCUAAACUCAAUGGAACAGUAACUAUCACACGAAAGUUGACGAAUGUGGGCAAGCCUGGCACCUAUGCAGUUCAUGUAAGGAAGCCCGUCGGGGUAUCAGUGGACGUGACGCCAAAACUGCUUACCUUUAAGAAGAAGGGUGACGUGCAGAAGUUCGAGAUGACAAUGAAACCCGAUGGCCCACAUGCAACUCAUGGUUAUGUUUUCGGGGAUUUGACAUGGACCGACGGAAAACACAAUGUGAAGAGCCCCAUUGUGGUUUCUGUGGCUUAA